AAUUUGUCAUACCAGGUGACAGAAGGGAAGUUUUUCUGGAUGAAUAUGUCCACUUUCAAAGAAAUACGACAGACACCAGACUACUUAUUUGUCCGCUUUAUCAAUUUUUAAAACGAAUAAUGCUGUUCGGCGGAAACCGCGGUAUUACCCGUACGGAAGAACAGCAAUAAAGUAUUCAUCUACGAAGUAACUCCACUUUCUCGCUACAAUUUUCAUGGAAAUGUAGCAGAAGUGGUAACUUACUGGACGGUGGAUAAUAGAGCAAUUACAAUAGAAUGAAAGAUAAACCGAGAAAUAAAAGCGGAAUUCGUAAACAUGUGGGAAGAAGGAAAGGGAAGGUACUCACGACUGUGUGGAGUUAUUUGUCAAUCUUCGUCCAGUCAGGAUGAAAACGUCGAUGAGUAAGGACUUCGCUUACGCGAUGACUCCGUUGAAGAUAUUGUCGUGGCCUGUAGGUACCUGGCCUCUUCAAGACUACGAUGUCUUCUCCGCUAUACGUGCCACUAUAGCGACCUUCUUCUUGCUGCUAAUGGUAACGGUCGUGCAAUCGGAGAUGUACUUAGACAACAGCGAUGCCGAGAAAAAUUUGGAUGGACUAGUACUUAUUACCUGCGGCAGUUUGGCAGCGUCAAAGAUUAUACAGUUUCGUAUUCGGCCUGCUGCCCUUAUCUCCAAUUUUACGUCCGCGGUUGAGGAUUAUAACGAAUUGCGGGACGAAGAGAAGCGAGUGAUAAUGCGAAAACACGCUUAUAUGGGCAGAGUGGCCAGUGCCAGUGUGAUAUGUUUCGCGUAUUUCAGCUCGAUUCUCUUCAUAACUGUACCUAUGCUGGCUGAAGAGGAAGAGAAAGAUAUAGUCAACGUAACGGAGGAAAGUAUAACGGAGUAUCCUUUACCUUCCGAAAAUGUAAUAGCAGUUAUAAAAAUGCCGGAUAAUUUGCAUUUCAUUGUUUUUAUCGUCGAAUACUUGAUGCUACUAUUCCUGAGUACUGGAAAUAUAGGGAGCGAUUCCUUGUUCUUCGGUAUCAUUUUUCACCUGUGCGGUCAGGUAGAAAUUCUGAGGCUUGAGUUCAAUAGAUUGAACAACGAGAACGAAAAAGCAAUGGAACAUUUCAUCUCAUUAACCAAGAGGCAUAUUUACCUGCUGAAGUUAGCCAAAAUGCUGAGCGAGACCAUCAGCUCUAUCUUGAUUGUGCAACUAUUCACGAGUUGUAUACUUAUUUGUACAAGCGGACUUCAAUUUAUUAUCGCUCUGAGCGUUGGAAACAUCGUCAUGACAAUAAAGUCAUUUAUAGUAUCGAGCACGCUACUGCUGCAAUUAUUUGCAUACAGCUACGUGGGCGAAUACUUAAAGCGUCAGAUGGAAGCCGUCGGUAACUCGGUGUAUUUCUGUAGCUGGUACGAUAUACCGAAAUGUGUGGCAAAGGAUAUCAUUUAUGUCAUUAUGAGAACUCAAGAUCCAGUUUUCUUAAAAGCUGGAAAAUUCUUCGUAGUCAAUAUGGAAACAUAUAUGAGUAUUAUAAAAACUUCUAUGUCGUAUCUUUCAGUUCUUCGAGUGAUGGUAACUACUUGAGAUCUUGUGUAAUAUAUAUGUAAUUCUACGAAGCUAUAUUAUUAUAAUAAAGCACAAUAAAGUAUUUAAUAUUAUA